AUGGAGCCGCCGGGCGUCCUCGUGCUCGCCGCGCUCUGCGUCUCGGUCCUCGGGACGACGGAAACCGGCCAACUCGCACCGCAGCAGCCGAGCGUCUCGACGACCGCCGUCGGAGGACCGCAGCGGAGCCCCUGCCGGUGCGCUCUGGGAGUCUGCUCCUGCUGCUCCAGGAUACUCCUGACCUCGUUCGAUCAGAAGGCCUGCGUCAACGUUACCUACGACCCCGACGAGUUCAGCUUCACGGCCAAGGUGCUGAUGAACGACAGGAUCCUCUACACGAGGACCGUGUCAGGGAAAAACCCCAGACCCUUCUGCGUGCCCGUGCCGAGGAUACCCGCGGUGAGGGCCUGCGUGCGAUUCUAUAACGUCUAUUUCCAAGGUAGAAACGUCCACCUCUGCAUGAACUUGGAAGGGAAAUUUUCCGGCACCACGCUGUUCAAGGUGGGGCUCGAUUGCAUGCGAAUGGGAUCUCAAGGAUUUGCUCUCGUCAAACCGGAAGAUGGCGGAGGAUUGGGGCAGGUCGAGCUUUUGCCAGGAGAUGACGACGCCGACGAUUACGACGGGGACAGCGACGAAGACGACGACGACGAAGACGACGAGGACGAUCUUCUGGAUUAUUGA